AUUCUACUAACCCUUUCAUUCCUCUGUAGUAUUCAAAACAGAGCAAACAUUAGAAACAGAGUCACAGAGAGAGAGAAAAAUUAAAAAAACAGAAUAAAAAAUUGAUGUCUUUUUCUCGAGUGAUUCUGUCUGAAUAAGGUAAAUGUAAAAUACAAAUCACUUCACUGCCGCCGUGAAAGUGAUUCAUGGCAGUUUCAGAACCAAACGGCGACGUUUUCCCAUGGCUGAAAUCCAUGGCAGUAGCACCAGAGUACAGACCGACAGCGUCGGAGUUCGAAGAUCCGAUCGGUUACAUUUUCAAGAUCGAAAAAGAAGCAUCCAAAUACGGAAUCUGCAAAAUAAUUCCUCCUUUUCCUCCUUCACCUAAGAAAACUGCCAUAGCCAACCUAAACAGGUCACUUCCUAAUUCCACAUUCACGACACGUCAGCAACAGAUCGGGUUCUGUCCACGGAAGUCCCGACCCGUUAAACGACCCGUUUGGCAGAGUGGGGACCACUACACUUUCUCCGAGUUCGAAGCUAAAGCCAAAUGGUUCGAGAAAUGUUACAUGAAGAAGCAUAACAAAAAGGGUAUUAAUGGUAGUAAUGCUCUUGAAACGGAGACACUGUUUUGGAAAGCGACGGUGGACAAACCGUUUUCAGUUGAAUACGCAAACGACAUGCCGGGUUCUGCGUUUUCGGCGAAAUGUCGUCAUGUUGGCGAAGCUGCUUCUGUUGCUCAUAGUGCUUGGAAUAUGAGAGGGGUUUCGAGGGCAAAAGGGUCUUUGUUGAGGUUUAUGAAGGAGGAGAUUCCUGGGGUGACUUCACCUAUGGUUUAUCUUGCUAUGCUUUUUAGUUGGUUUGCUUGGCAUGUUGAGGAUCAUGAUCUUCAUAGUUUGAAUUAUCUUCAUAUGGGUGCUUCUAAGACUUGGUAUGGUGUUCCUAGAGAUGCUGCUGUUGCUUUUGAGGAUGUUGUUAGGGUUCAUGGUUAUGGUGGACAGAUUAACCCUCUUGUUACAUUCGCUAUUCUUGGUGAGAAAACAACAGUGAUGUCACCAGAAGUAUUUAUUAGUGCCGGUGUUCCAUGCUGCAGGUUAGUGCAAAAUGCUGGGGAGUUUGUCGUGACAUUUCCAAGAGCCUAUCACACAGGGUUUAGUCAUGGUUUUAACUGUGGAGAGGCAGCAAACAUUGCAACACCUGAGUGGUUGAGGGUUGCUAAAGAUGCUGCUAUUCGGAGGGCUUCAAUAAAUUAUCCUCCCAUGGUUUCACAUUUCCAGUUACUCUAUGACCUUGCCUUAGCUUUGUGUUCUAGAGUUCCUGGGGGAAUCAGUGUGAAACCUCGGAGUUCUCGUCUCAAAGAUAAGAAAAAGGGCGAAGGAGAAGCUGUAAUUAAAGAACUAUUUGUCCAGGAUGUGUUACAAAACAAUGAUCUGCUUCACGUACUUGGAAAAGAAGCUUCUGUAGUGCUCCUUCCUCGCAGUUCAGUUGACAUUCCUAUUUGCUCAAAAUUACGUGUUGGAAGCCAGAGAGUAAAAGUGAACCCUGGAUUUUCCAUUAAUGUAUGCAAUUCUGAGGGAAUGAAUUCCUCAAAAGGUUUUGUUUCUGAUGAUCUGGUAUUCAACAGGAAUCGCGGAAUUGCGCAAGAAAAAAAUUUAUGUUCUGUGAAAGACAAGUUUACUUUGUUGUGCGACGGGAAGGGGAUUUCCUCAUCUGAAGCAAAUGGUGACACAUCCCCUUCAAGUUCUAAGCAACUUCAAAGAGACAGUGAAAGUGAAACUAGUCAAGAAGAUGGAUUGCCAGAUCAGAGAUUGUUUUCAUGUGUCACGUGUGGACUAUUAAGCUUUUCUUGUGUUGCUAUUGUACAGCCUAGAGAACCAGCAGCUAGAUAUUUUACGUCUUCUGAUUGUAGCAUCUUUAGUGAUUGGGCUGUUGGAUCUGGAGUACCUGUUGCCCGUGAAGAGGCAAAUAUUCCUGAGCCAAGCAUGUAUACAGGGUGGACAAAGAAAAAUGCCAAAGAAAAGUCUUUAAAUACUGAAGGAGGAAAUGGUAAUACAGCUCUUGCAUUAUUGGCUUCAGCUUAUGGAAAUUCUUCUGACUCUGAGGAAGAUGCAGUUGACAAUCAUGAAUUGAAUGCGAUAAAAUCUACAUCAGAAAGAUUGCCUUCUAAUUUUCGAGAUUCACAUGCUAAUUCCAUGACUAGACUUGAUAAAGAUGACAUUCUUUCAGAGAGUUCCAGUUAUGAAGCAAAUAGAUCUGAGUGUAAUUUCGGUUAUCAGCCUUGUGACAAAUCUUUUGAGGAACAGGAUUAUAAAAUCACUUCAGGGGUUGCAUUUGAAAAUACAAGGGCAAUGCCUUAUUCCGCAACGUUUAGUUCCCCGAAUACUAAUGAUGCUGAAAAAAAUGCUUUGUUGGCGCCGCAGUGUGAUGAAGACUCAUCUAGAAUGCAUGUAUUCUGUCUAGAGCAUGCUGCAGAAGCAGAGCAGCAACUUCGCCCAAUAGGUGGAUCCCGCAUAUUGCUCUUAUGUCAUCCAGAUUAUCCCAAUAUAGAGGCCGAAGCUAAAUUGGUGGCAGAAGAUUUGGGGAUUGAUUACAUGUGGAAGAGUAUUUCCUACAGGCAUGGCACCAAGGAGGAUGAAGAGAGGGUCCAAUCAGCUCUGGAUUGUGAGGAAGCGAUUCCUGGGAAUGGGGACUGGGCUGUCAAGCUAGGAAUAAAUCUCUUUUACAGUGCAAAUCUUGGUCGCUCUCCUCUUUAUAGUAAGCAGAUGCCUUACAAUUCGGUUAUAUAUUAUGCAUUUGGUUGUAGCUCUCCAACAAGCUCUCCCAUAGAACCAAAGGUCUAUCAGAGAAGGGACAGCAAACAGAAAAAGGUAGUUGCUGGCAAAUGGUGUGGUAAAGUUUGGAUGUCUAAUCAGGUCCAUCCCCUUUUAGCAAAAAGGGAUUAUGAAGAUGUUGAGGAUGAGAAAAGUGUACAUGGAUUGAUAAUACCCGAUGAGAAAAUCGAGAGAUCAAGAAGGACCCCCAAAACUGAAACUGCUAUUACAAAAUCAGGUAGCAAAAGGAAAACUACCUCAGGGAGUGGACGAACCAGGAAAGGAAGGUUUGUUGAAAAACAUGUCGUUUUGGAUAGUUCCGCCGAAGAUAAACUCAAUCCUCAGCAAAGGCAGACUCUUAGAAGCAAGCAAGCUAGGUGUGUUGAGAAAGAUGGUACAGAUUUUCUCAGUGAUUGUUCUCCUCCAUAUCAUCGUAGAAAUCCUAUAAGCAAACAAACCAAUUGCACUGAAAGUGAUGCAGUUUCUGAUGAUUUGUUUGAUGAUGAUGAUCACAUGCGACAUAGAAGGGGUUUUAAUGUCAAAAAAGCUAAAUUUAUAGACAAUGAUGUGGUUUCAGAUGGUACAGUGGACUAUGAUACUGAUUGUCAUCAGAUGGGAGAACUUAGAUGCAAGCAAAUUGAAGAUACAGAGAGAGACUCGAUUUCAGAGGAUUCUUUGGAUGUUGGUUCCUUUCAGUUGCACAGGAAGACUUCUAGAAGCAAGAAUGGCAACUUCAUUAAUGAAGAAGUGGCAAUUUUUGAUGACCAAAUGGAGAAUAGUUGUCAGAAGCAGAAAAAAAGAAUUCCUAAAAGCAGGCAAGGUAAAUCCCUUGUUGAAAAAGAUUCAGUGAUAUCAGAUGACCAACUGGAGCUGAACACGCAGAAGCAGCGGCGGAGGAAUCCUAUAAGUACAAAAGCCAAAUACCUCGCCGAAGAGGAUAUUAUAUCUGAUGACCAAACAGAGGGCAAUUGUCGCAAGUACCAAAGACGGACAGUUAGAGUCAGGCAAGCCAAAUGUAUAAUAGGGGAAUAUGUAAUGUCUGACGACCAAUUGGAUAGUCCCUUUCAAAAGCAGAAAACAAGCAUUUCUAGAAGGAAAAACAAAGGCAUUGAUAGAGAAGUUAAAAAUGUAAUCUCAGAUGACCAACUGGAGGAUCACUUUCAGCAGCAGCAGAGAAGAAUUCCUAGGAGCAGGCACACCAAACAGGCUGAGAAAGAAAUUACCGAUGACUCGGCUGAUAAUAAUGCUCAUCUGCCGCAUAGAACUUCUAAAAGGAAGAAAGCUAAAUGCAAGGAUGAAGAUGGUAUGAGUUUAGAUGAUGAAAUGGAAGAUGAUUCUCUUCAGCAGCACAAGAGAAAUCUUCCAAGUAAACAAUCCAAACGAAAGACACUUAAACAGAUGAAACAAUCCAAAUCUCUCCAAAUGAAGAACCAGACACCUCAGCAAGUGAAAUCAGAGGCUGCUCAGCAAAUAAAGCAGCCUUCUCAUUUGCGGAGUAAACAAUCUGGUAACUCCAGGGAGGUUAGUUUAGAUAUGGACGAGGAGGAAGAAGGUGGACCUAGCACCCGCCUCAGAAAGAGAGUCCCAAAAGCUGAGGAGUCUGAAGAAAAACCAAAAGACAAGCAAACCAAAAGGAAAAGGGCAAAGGAUGCUGCAGCUGCAAAGGUUUCAGCUGGCAAUGCCAAAGCGAAGGAUGGGGAAGAAGAAUAUCAGUGUGACAUUGAAGGAUGCACCAUGAGUUUUGAGUCAAAACAAGAGCUGGUGCAUCAUAAGAGAAAUAUCUGUCCAGUAAAAGGUUGCGGGAAAAAGUUUUUCUCGCACAAAUAUCUGGUGCAGCACCGGCGAGUUCAUGAGGAUGACCGCCCCCUUAAAUGCCCCUGGAAGGGGUGCAAGAUGAGUUUUAAGUGGGCAUGGGCUCGAACUGAGCAUAUUCGAGUCCACACCGGUGCACGUCCUUAUGUAUGUGCCGAGCCAGAUUGUGGGCAAACAUUCAGAUUUGUGUCUGAUUUCAGUCGACAUAAGCGAAAGACUGGUCAUUUAGCAAAGAAGAAUCGUCAAUAGUCAGCGGGAUAGAUGUUUUUACUUAACAUGUUUUUUUAGAAUUUAUUAUGAAUCCAUUGCUUAAUUGACCAAGCUAGGACUAACAUUUUAGGAUAUCCCUGCAAUUGCCAUUUGUAACAACUAUUAAUUCUGUUUGGUUUGGGUCUUCAACCCAUUAUUUCAUUCCAAUUAAAGCAAUUGCUUAAUUCUCAUCCAA